UCUCGCCAAGCACAGACAAGAGAAUGCCGGCGUAGCGUGGCUGAUUGGAGUCCCGGACGAUCGCUUCCUCGAUCCGCUGCCUGCGCUACAAGGAUGGCGAUCCAGAUUUACGCCGCUGAGGAAGGUAGGGCUCCAGGCAAAGAGAUUUCGGGGUUCCGAGCAUUUGGCGAGGUGAAUUGCGGAUCCUUCUUCCCGGAGGGCUGGAAGUGAUUGGAGCAUUGCUGGUUGGAUCGGAUGCUGCAAAGGCGUGUGCUGUGGCCAGGAAAAGCCUCUGGUCUCAUCGAACGAUAUUGUUGCUGCUACUCGAUCCAGCUCCAGCGAUGGCAUUACGUUCUUCUCUCAGGCUCUACAACCGAUCGAGCAAUCUUCCUUUUCCACGAAAGAGUUUUGGGAAUCCACAGCGCUUCUUCAUUGUCAAGUCGAGCUUGGCCUUUCGAUCUACACAUCUUCCGGAACUUCCUCAGAUCUUAAGAAGCAGCUGGAUGGGAAGAUUAGAGAAGUUUCACGAGCUCAAGCACUGUAUGUAUUGUGGAAGGAUCAUCGAGAAGAUUUCUCGGUCGCUCUCAAGCUAACGAAGAGCUACAAUCUGUGUUCCCAGAUCCAGCUCUUUUCGACUCUUUGAUAGCACAUCCUCUGGUUGGUUGAGCAAGCAGACUGAUCAAGUGAUUGCCUCCGUGGUUCAUUACACUCCUUAAGGAACCUUGCUACACACAGCCACGGUUUCCCUGGACGUGCUAUGCUUAGUUUCCAGGAACUCCGCCUUGCACAAAGCGAUGAACACAAUCACUCGUGCUCUGACGAUUCAACUGGAAAUCCAUUGGUAAAGCUUUGUCGGCAAGGAAUACCAGUCUUCAGGUAUGACUCGUGAGUAGAGUAGAGAGCUGCGCCCAUAUCAUUUCAAAGUUCCCGCUAGCGUGCAUCCUGUAACAGCCAUUUUCGAUAAGAACCAGCUUGAACGCGACUCUGUUGACCUCCGGAGAGCAUCGCAUUCUCGGCUCGGCUUGCCACUAGAUCGUCCACUUUUCCGCGUUGCCAAUGCAUUAACUAUCAGAGGACCACAGUUCAUCUCCAACCGGUUUGGCUGUUUGCGAGGUUCUUGCUCCUGCAACUCGCCUCCGCCAUCGCCUAUGACAUGCGCGAGAUCGCCCCAGCCGCGGCAUCCAAGGACAUGUACGCAAAGAAGCCAUCCUCUAACGUCGAUGCUGUUUCGUCCGCUGGAGUUCCUGGCGAGCUCGCUGGACUCCACCUCGCGUGGCAACACUUUGGAAGGCUGCCCUGGAAAUCGCUCUUGGAGCCGGCCAUCAAGCUAGCCCGGGAUGGAUUCGUGGUAACACCUUACCUGGAAUUUGAAAUUGCUCAGAGUCUCAAGGGGAUUCUAGCUCACAGAACGCUUCGAAAGUUCCUCUCGCGGAAUGGGAAGCUGGCGAAAGCUGGUGAUGUUCUUCGCAACGAGGAGCUGGCCAGGACGCUGGAGCUGAUUGCCAACGAAGGGCCGGGUGGGCCGAAGGGCCGGCUGUUCUUGGAAUGCCUCCUCCAUCUUGGGGAGGGGCUACGCUGGCACUGGUAUCUUUUCUUUUCUUGCUUGUUUUCUCUUUUACUGUCUAGAAAUAUUUUUCCUCAGAAUAACGCAGAAAUAUAUUUGCCUUUACUACGGAAUCCUUUUGUUAGGGUAUAUUGUUAA